AUGUUCGGGUGGCGCGCUCGGACACCACUGUCUGAGUCACACAGGUCCCCUGCAAAUGUGGUUCAUGUCGGCCGCGUGUCGCUCCGCCCCCGCGCCUCUGCAGCUGCGUGUAACACGGCGCUCCUUGUAAGCUUAUUUUCCGACCGCUGUCCGCCCGGGUCCAAACAAGCCGCCAUCGGGAGCGACACGGUUGCGGCAGCGGGCGCGCCUUUCCCGAAUCGACACAUUCUGGCCGCCUCCGCCGCCGCCGCCGCCGCCGCCGCCGCCUCAGAGGUCGUCGACCGCCCCCGGGCUGGUCCUCCGGUCGGGGCAGCUGACGCCGCCGCGCCGCGCCGCCCGCUCCUGCGGCUCGUUAAUUUCCAGGGCGCCACACAUAAAAGGCGAUAUGCGGGGCCAUUAUUUUUUGCCCGCUCGGCCGGUAUUUAUUGGAGCAUUAGUUAUCGGCGUGUCGCGUGUAAUACGAACAGCGGCCAAACUAAUCAGGGCAGCGACCCGCUCUCGCAGCCCCGGGACGCGGCGCCGCUGCCGGCCCCGGCUGCUGCCGCUGCUGCCUCCGCGGCUGCUGCUGGUGCUCGCCGUGUCGUGUCGGGUUUCUGA